CACCUUGCUUUGAGGCCAAUUGGACAGUGGUACGCAUGUGCGCGAAGGCACCAGUGUGAGAUGAAAAGAGAGGUAAACAGCUAACAGUUAGUGUCUUUAAACGGAUCAAAAUGGAUACACAGAAAGAUUUGCAACCACCCAAGCAGCAGCCUAUGAUCUACAUAUGUGGAGAAUGUCACACUGAAAAUGAAAUUAAAGCCCGUGAUCCAAUCCGAUGCAGAGAGUGCGGCUACAGGAUCAUGUACAAGAAGAGAACAAAGAGAUUGGUUGUCUUUGAUGCCAGAUGAAGAAGAGGAGAGCAGCUGUUAUGAUUGUUAUUGUUGUGUGCUAUUUUUGUAGUGUAUGACCAUGUAAAUAAAUAGACCUUCAGACCUGA